GGUUAGAUGGUGGUUGUCCUCGAGGUGUGUCUCCGGCUGCCCGUUCAUUUCCUCCAUAGCUGCGAGCAGUGUGAGGUGAAGGAGACACUGAAGUGACAAGCAUGGCCCUGUCAUCCCCGCAGCCCGUCAGCCACAUCCUCUUUGACAUGGACGGCCUUCUGCUCGAUACAGAACGUCUUUACACAGUGGUAUUUCAAGAAAUCUGUGACCGAUUUGGAAAGAAAUACACAUGGGAUGUGAAAUCCUUAGUCAUGGGGAAAAAGGCAUUGCCAGCAGCCCAAAUUAUCUGUGAUGUUCUCGACCUUCCUACUACUGCUGAAGAAUUACUGAAUGAAAGUCUAAUAAUGCAGGAGAAUAUUUUUCCAACUGCAUCCUUAAUGCCAGGGGUUGAAAAGUUAAUCUACCAUCUGAAUAAGCACAACAUCCCAAUGGCUGUUGCCACCAGCUCAGCCAGAGUGACAUUUGAAAUGAAAACAAGUAGGCACAAAGAAUUCUUCAAUUUAUUCCAUCACAUUGUGCUUGGAGAUGACCCAGAUGUGAAAAAUGGCAAACCUCAUCCUGAUGCUUUUCUUGUAUGUGCAAAGAGGUUUAACCCCCCUCCGAGCAUCGGCAAGUGCCUUGUAUUUGAAGAUGCCCCAUUUGGAGUAGAUGCUGCACUUGCUGCUGGUAUGCAGGUGGUUAUGGUUCCAGAUGAAAAUCUAAAUAAAGAUCUUACAAAGAAAGCAACAUUAGUCUUAAACUCUCUGGAGGAGUUUAAACCACAAUUAUUUGGUUUGCCACCGUAUGAAUAGAACUGCCCCUGCAAUUUGUUUGCAUUAUGUGAUGUUUUCAUUAAAAUACAAUUUGAUCAUUCAAACUAAUACUAAAUAAUUAAAUUUUAAUUAUUAAAUAAAAGUGUUUCAAA